AUGCCAUCCGCCAUACAAGUGGAAGCCGAGGUGCAGAAACAGGGCUCCUUCGCCAUUAAACACCUAGAGUUGUGGGAUAUGGAUUGGAAUGUCUACGAGGGGGAGGCAAAUUUGGCUGGAGAUGGUGGCUACAACCUUUCCAAGUGCAUGGAGGCGGUGUUUGAUCUGAUCAUCGCCCAUUACUUCAAUCUGUCGAGGGAAAUCGCCGAUGAGGUUUUCAAGAAGUACGGUCUCCUUCUCUCAGAUUGGAUGGCCAAGGAGAGUCCUGCUCUCGUGAGCUUGACUGUCUUGCUCACUAAGCGAUAUUGA